AUGAUCAGUCAGGAGGCCUCUGAUGAUUUGACGUGGAAUGACCCAAUAUCGGUAAGAAAGCAGUUUCUGCAGCUUCUGCACAACAGGUUCCCGGUAAUUCUUGGUGGCUCAGUGCAGCGCUCUGUUUACAAAGACCUGGUUCUGCUGCUUCAGAGGGAUCAGUACUUGACUCUGCCUCAGCUCAGGUCCAAAGGGGAGUUUUCCUUUGAGCAGGACAGUCUGGUGGAAGGAGGUCGAUUGGGUCCCAUGACUAACGGCACUGAGUAUCGAGAGGUCCGACAGUACCGCUCCGACCACCACCUGCUGCGUUUCUACUUCCUGACACGGAUCUACUCACCUUACGUGGAGAGCAUCCUGGAGGACUUUAGGCGGGGACUCAAACCUGACAUCAUUAUCGUCAGCUCCUGUGUGUGGGACAUCACAAGGUACAGCCUGGAGUGUUUUCAGCAGUACAAAGAGAGCCUCCACAAGUUCUUUGGCCAGAUUAAAACAAUUGUUUGCCAGGAUUGUCCCAUCUUGUGGACUCUGGUCAUGCCGCUUGGAAAAAAGAUCAAGGGUGGAUUCUUGGUGCCUGAACUGGCUGAUGCCUACAGCUUGGACGUCCUUGACCUGCACUUCCACUUCCGCCUCAACCUGCAGCACCGCAUGCCAGACGGAGUCCACUGGGACGCACUGGCCCAUCGACGCAUCAGCGGCCUGCUGUUGCAGCACGCCGCUGACGCCUGGGGAGUAAAACUGCAUUACCCCCCCCCAGGACAAGGGCAGUGA